UUCAAUACCUCAAUAUCUACCAAUAGUUUAGUUCCCAAUAAUUUCGAUACCGACCAUGUCCACCCGGUGGUAUCCGAUUUAUCAGCGAGGCAAUCCGCAGCUGCGAGUGUUUUUACCAAACUUUUGGCUUAAACUGAUUCGGCCGGAACACGAGCAACCACCAAACGUGGUACAGUUUGCUUGCUCUAUGGAAAUGACCAAAUACGACGUAAAGAAUUAUCUGCAGAAGAUCUACAACGUUCCAGUGGUGGACGUCCGGACGCGGAUAGCACUGGGCAAAUCAAAACGGGACCAAGUGAUGGGUUAUGUUACGAAGGAAGAGGACACCAAGCUUGCUUAUGUUACACUGCCCAAAGAUACAAAGUUUGAAUUUCCAAAUCUCUUUCCCGAGGAAGCCAAAAAACAGUUGGAGGACGACAAAAAAUCGCUGGAUGAAGCCAAGAAGAACCACAAAAAGUAUCUGGAGAAAAACAAGCACAGGCCCGGUACCCCCGGCUGGUUCUCAAUAUAAAAUAAACGCAUUUGCUAGUAGAG